UUAUAUAACAAAUGAUUAUCGCAAUUUGUGAUGCUGUUAUACUUUUAUUAAUCUUCAUGUUAAUGAAAUCAUCUUCAUAACCCGACUGGACUCUAUUCAAAGAAAACAGCUUUAGAAGAAGAUCUCUGUGAUUUACUGGUACAAAAAGAAGAGCUGGAUUUGCGAAUAAUAAAUUUGGAAGCCGAUUCUGAACGAUUCCAUAAUCAGAUGAAAUAAACAGACGCUAACACGGCUUUAUUUGAUUUAUUAUUGAAUGCUAUAUCAGAGGCGGAAUCUAUCUUGUAUUACACAAUGCAUGCGAUCGAUAAUCCGGCCAUAUCAGCGUUAACUUGCACACCCGAUUAUCUCGGAAGUUUAUUAGAACCGACAGAAAAAUCAUUUAAUGAUUUGGAGGAGGCAUACAAUAAUUAUAUGCUUGAUUUGACUGAACUCUCUAAAGCUACGAGAGAAGUGACUCAAGCUACAGCGAAUGUUGUAGCAACUGCUAAAAGCUACAAUCAUCUUGUUGAGGAAAAUGAAGAUCUAGAUAUGUCUAAUCUAAGUUUACAUCAAGCUAAAAGACUCGAAAUGGAGGCACAAGUGCGAAUUCUAGAAUUGGGACAAGCUCUAGAAACCGAGAGAUUACGUCUAGCCGCACUUCGACGUUAGCAUUAACACAUUUCCUUUUAAGGACAUUGACAAAUAAUUUUCUAGAUAUUUUAGUAAAAGAUA